UUUGCUUAUUUGUCAUGUUGCAAAAGACAAAGUAUCACUUUAGAAAACUUGUGAAUGAAAAAGCAAAUGUGAGAAACUCGAGACACUUUACACGCCUAAUAUAAUCAAUGAAUAAUUAACUGGCGUGGAGGUGUCGCGCGCGUUAUGCGUCGGCCCAAUUCCUACGAGGCGCGUAUGGGCGUACUAUAAUUCGUUAUCAGGCGGUCGGAGCUUAUCAGCGCGAUAGAAACAGUGUAUAUCGAUCCAGUUUAGCACUGUUGCGUAGACGCGCUUCGACAUAAGCCGCGUAGCGUACGUGCUUUCCGCAUAGGCGCGAAAUUUCGCGCGCUUUAUCGACACGUUCGUGCGUCCAUCGUUUUUCUGAAAUUAGGCCAUGGUUUCUGAGCGUACGGAGUCGCUGACUUUACUUUCCAUUCAACGACGACACCGCCACCAAGUCUCCCUACACCGUACGUGAGUCGCCUCUAAGUGGACCCUUCUUCGCGCUCGCCGAGACUGUUUUCUAUCGCGAGGAAGAACGUGCUUUCAUUUCGAUUCGAUCGCGACUCGAACAAUUUCCUCUCGCUCUUCCCUCCAGUCCGGAAAGGAAACUGCGUUUGAUUGGUAGACGAUCUACGUGACUCGCGAUAAACAUUUCCGAGAAAUUUCCUUUAUCAGAUUAUGGAAACGCGGAUCUGCAAAUGCGUCUGACGAUCAGCCGGGAUCAUGGCCCUGACUGUCGUUCCCUCAACCCGCGUUUUCAAUGGAAACGUGAGGACGCAGACGUACGUUUCCGGUUCGAAAUGCCUUUGUUGCCCUUACGGAUAUCACAUCGAUCUGGACUUCGUGCGUUAUUGCGAGGCCGUCGCGGCCGGAAACGCCGGGGACAGAACCAGCACGGAGCGACGCAAGAAACGAGAACGUCGUAGACAAUGUCAGUCAAUGGAGGUUCUUCUAGGCUUGGUGAGUCCAGCACUGGCGGGCAUAGAGGCCGAAUUGCCGAAAAUACCGCAAGAAUGUACGACCGCGAACGGAGUGACUACUCUGUCGAGAUCGAGUCAUCCGCCACUAAGACGUCAGGAAGAUUCGCAUCCCUCGCCAGUCCUGGAUCUCAGUGAUGUCGUGAGUGACUUCGAGGCGACCCUCAAGCGAUCUUGCAGAUCAUCGAAAGCCUCCGACUGUCGACUUAUUUCGGAAAUCGAUGGCACAAACGGAACGGCGCCGGUGCAAAAUGCAGCUCAGACAGACCAGCCGGCAGAUUCCGACAACGCCAGCGUUGGAAGUGGCAAUUCGAAUCUUAGUACUGGCGCACUUCAGAAUAUUAGAGAACAAAUGGCGGCAUCUCUGGAACGGAUGAAAGAGCUAGAGGAACAGGUCAAGGCGAUUCCCAAGCUGCAGGUGCAAAUCUCACUAUUGAAAGAAGAGAAGCGCAAUCUCCUGCGACAAGUGGAUGAGCUAAGUAAAACGAAUUCCAGCAACGACACCCUGCACAGGUAUCGCAGUCAGUCAUUCUCGGAACAGCGCAUCACCUUGCGAAAUCUGAAGAAUUCUGCAACCGUGUCUACGAGAGACAUGGGAACCAUGUGCGGCGUGAUGACAAGGGACGUUGGCGUAUCGUACCAACCGGUUCGAACGAGAGACGUUGGUAUGAUAACAAGCACGCCAAUAAAACCAUCGCUACAAAAAAGUCAUCUACGAAUCGAGGAGUUUGUACCCGAGAUCCAAGACCAAAGCGCUGUGCUGGUAGACGAGACAUCGUCAAACCUCUUCAACUCCCAGCAUCAUAGCAACUGGAAAUCGAAUUUGACUCGCAGCCAACAGAUGCUGGAGGAGAUCAUACCGAAGAUACGAAGAAGACAGCUAACGAGAACUCCACUUCAAGUGGAAUCGAUACCGCCCAACGAAAACGAUUUGAUUAAUCACAAUACCGUGAAAAAAACGCGAGAUUUCGGUAUCAAUACCGAGAAGAAAAAGCCUAAGACUCUUGAGUGCAGCCAUUUCUUAAUCGAGGACAUUGCACCAGAAAUGAAGAAGGAAAUCAAGAAGCGUUCCAGCGGAACAUCAACAAGAUUGAGUAUGAAGGAUAUUCUGACAAAUGAGGAUGUUGAAUUGCUCGUGGAACACGCAGUGAGAAAUUACAAGAAUAGUCUGAUAAAAGAUACUACCUCUAAGGGCAUUCAAUGCAGCCCGGAAACGCCCGUAGUCGCCGAGAAGCGGGAUCAGGCGGUCCAGGUGAUAGAACAGUUUAGAAUGCGUUCGCACGCGAGCGUAACCGCCAAACCGAGGACAUCGGAGAUAGGGAUCCAAGCCAGAUUCGGUUCUUGCACCAGGAGCGUGUGCGUCGGACCGGAUCCAGUGGCGGUGCAGUCUCCAGUGUCAUUGAACUUGAUGAACUCGAGGAGUCACUCGUUCAACUAUGGUGAUACGCGAACGAAGACAAAAGUCAGCAGCAAGUCAAUAGGGGUGAUGGUGGAGGACUUGGUGAGAACUAUCGCUCGCGGUACCGAUACUUCCGGUCUCACGCCGAGGUGUCGAGACUUCGGCACCUCGACGAUGAAAAAGACAUUAGUCGACGUGUCGGUCGGUGAGUCUGUGAGGCCGCACAUCUCGAUCUCCUGCGCGGCCAAUUAUUGCGAUAAUUGCAAGGAGACGAUCAAAAGCCUGGCAAAGCAGAUCGCGAAUAAUGCGGAAAAUAGUCUGAAUCAUCAAAACAGCAAUAUGAUAUCCAGGAUUCCGAGGCCGGCCCAUAUUCCCUUGAAUACUAGCGAUCAUAGAAGACAGUUCAAACGUCAAGACACGUACACAAAAAUACCGACCACCGGGGUGAUAAGAUACGAUGCGGAUAAUAAGGAGCAGUACGACAGCAACAAUCGCAUUCAACAGUUACAAUCCGAGAAAACCAAGGAUGAGAAAAUUGCGUCAGAAGAGAUACGUAACGUGGAGAAGGAGGCGGAUAACGAAGAGAAGUCAGAGCUACCGGAAUCAGCUCUGUUUCAACCAAUUCAAGAUAAGCCUAGAAAAAAGGUCGAGCCCUCGAAAGAGAUGCAAGCCGCCAUGAAGGUGCUCAAUGAUAGUAUCAAAAAGUCACCUAGCAGAAACAUCUCUCAUCAGCUGAAGAACGCUACGAAUAUUAUACAGCAAGAAUGGUUCAAAAUAUCCAGCACAUCUAGCGCGAAUCCGUUAGAUGUCGAGGAUUAUUUAGAUCGUUUCGAGGAAUGCUCCAGCACUCUGCUGGAGUACAUCGUCAACAUGACGGACACCAGUGGAAAUACAGCGAUGCACUACGCAGUCUCUCAUGGCAAUUUCGACGUGGUGUCUAUAUUGUUAGACUCGAAAGUCUGCGACAUUAAUAAAGCAAACGUAGCUGGUUACACGGCUGUAAUGUUAGCUGCUCUGGCAGAAGUUAGAAAUUCCACGCACGCCUCAGUGGCGAAUAGAUUGUUCCAGCUUGCCGACGUCAAUAUCCGAGCAAAAUUGCACGGGCAAACUGCACUGAUGUUGGCGGUAUCGCACGGACGCAAGGAUAUGACGCAGCUACUCUUAGAUGCUGGAGCAGCGGUUAAUAUUCAAGAUGAAGACGGUAGCACUGCGCUGAUGUGCGCCGCGGAACACGGUCACACCGACAUCGUGAGAUUGCUUCUCGCGCAUCCGGACUGCGAUCCAUCUAUCGUCGACGUGGAUGGCAGUUCGGCCUUGAAAAUCGCCUUGGAGGCGGGUAAUCGGGAUAUCGGAGUGCUACUUUACGCGCACGAACACGUUAAUCGGGGCAUCAGUCCGUAUUCGACUCUAAGGCGAAGCAGAAGGGGUUCCAAACCGACAACACCCACUGGACCGUCUCCGUCGGCUCCAGUUAGCCCGGCGCCAUCGCGACGCCUACAUUCGUCCAACGUUUCUCUGAACACAUCGAAAUAUUCCAAAUAAUUCUUAUAAUAAAUCCUUAAUCUUCGUGAUCUUAUAGAUUCAUCCAUCAUGAUUUUUCUCUUCACACAUUAUUUCGAACGCAAUAGUAAUUGGCAAGUGACUCACAGUACGCAUAUAACCAGAACUUUAUGUUUAAGUAUAACUUUUUUUUAUAUGAUCUUUUUUAUAUUUGUCUUAAAAUUAUGGUUAUAUUUAUAAUGUAUAUUCUCAUAUCUAUUAUAAUGAGAACAUACGGCGAUAUGUUGAAGUCCUCUUGCCUAAUAAUCGAUUUGUUUCGAUAGAACUGUGUUGUAUAAUUUAAGAAGUCAAGAAUAAUGCUCAACAUUGUAUAUAUCUAUUCAGGGUAACGUUGGAAAAAUCUUGUAGUUUAGUUGGUAGCAGUAAUCUUUAGUAAUAUAGUUCAUCGUAGGUGCUAUUAGACAUUUUGAUGAAACUUUCAGAAAUCCUUUGUAAAUUUUAUAUAACUUUGAUUGUAAUAAUAGCACACCCUCGAGGAAUACAGUUUUUCUCUUAGGCGGGUUGUCGAAGUACAAAAUGUUUAAUAUCUAUACGACGAUACAAUUUACAGCAAAAAAUCGGUCGAUCUUUUUGUGUUUUUCUUUUCGACUCUGUGGCAUUAAACAUUCCAAAAAAAAAAAAAAAAAACAGUCAUCGAUCCGAAUUUCUUAUGGUAGUUUAUACAGUAUUUAGUACUCGGAUUUCAGGCCUAAUCUCAAAUUACUUCUUGGGAUCAAAUUGUCAUUAUCGUGUGUAUAUGUAUUUUUUUAUACACACGAUUUACAGAUACACCGAUAUGCGUAGAGAAACAUUACGUAGCAAUAUGUGUAAUAAAUGUAUAUGUUAUAACAAUGUGAGAUUUUUACGAUUCAAUGAUUGACGGCGUCUUCAUGCGCGAGCGACAUCAAACGUACUUGUCACUGUUCUACGUUGAGAUAGAGAUGUUAGAUAAUGAAAGUUGUAUAAAAACAGUAUAUCUAGUUGUGAAACGCGCGAGCGUCGAAAGACUUACGAAGAAAAUUAUGUUUUUGAACUUGUUAACAAUUUUCAUAUCGAGAAUUUUAUAUGCGAUCAUAUCGACAUGUUAAUAUUAUACGUUUAUUUAAUCGAACGAAUCGUCUCAACACAUUAAGCAUCGUGUUCCAUUUACGUGAAAGAAGAAUACAUUGAACGUUUUUCUUAUAAGGUUGUGAAUAGAUAGAGUUGUAAUUAAAUUAUUUAAGUUCGAGAGAGAUCAAAGAUCCAUAGUUUAACGUUAUCGUAAGUGUUUCUCCGUCUCCAAGAGUAAUUUUAUGACGAUUGUUGGCGUGAGAUAUAAUUUGUCUAUAUAUCAAAUGUGUAGACAAUGUACGAAACAUCCUGAUACCGUAGGAAUCUAGAAAGUAGAAAAGUAUUCCUUAUUGUUUGUGCCUUUAUAUUUAAUAUAUAAUACUAUUAAUAA